AUGGCAGAAAUCAAUCAACGUGGCCGUUUUUAUGGAAGAAGAACUCAGAAUAAUUUUAGGGAUAAUGAAAGAACAUAUGAGAAUGACUUCAGCAGUCUGCCUGUAAAGAUCACAGGUGCGUUGACUCCUGAACAAAUGACAGCGUAUCAAACGGUGUUCAGGAUUGAGGAAAUAACCGAAAUCUUGAAAUCAGAAAAGUUAGAAGUUCCUGAACUAAUGAAGCGAUCUUCUUCGCCUCCACCUACGUAUGAUGCAGAAGGACGAAGGACAAACACGAGAGAGCAGAGAUACAAGAAAAAAUUAGAAGAAGAGCGAUUUAGGCUUGUGGAAAUUGCAUUAAAAAUGGUCCCUUUCUUCAAUCCUCCGAAAGAUUACGUUAGACCAUCUAAGUUUCAAGAAAAAUAUUUUAUACCUGUUGAACAGUAUCCUGAAGUAAAUUUUGUUGGACUACUACUGGGUCCUCGUGGUAAUACCCUCAGAAAGUUACAGGAGCAGUCCAAAUGUAAAAUUGCUAUUCGUGGGAGAGGUUCCGUCAAGGAAGGUAAGCAUGCAAAUGAUUUACCUGAGGGUGCCAUGAACAUGGAAGAUCCAUUACACUGUUUAAUUAUUUCCGAUUCAGAAGAAAAAAUCCAGAAUGGUAUCAAAGCAUGUCAGUCUGUUAUAAUCAAGGCGGUAACAUCACCAGAAGGCCAGAAUGACUUGAAAAGAGGUCAACUCAGAGAGCUGGCGGAAUUGAACGGUACUUUAAGAGAAGACACUCAUCCCUGUUCCAUAUGUGGUCUACAAGGUCACAAAAAGUACGACUGCCCGAAUAGACAAACAUACGCCGAAACAAUAGUAUGUAGGAAUUGUGGUCAGCCAGGCCACACGACAUUCGACUGUCCUGCGCCACGGAAUUCUUAUGGGGUACCUCAGCAAGAUACAGGAAUUCUGGGACGGAAUCGUUAUCAGAACGAUGCAGAUCCUCAACAGGACAUGAAAAGAAGACGUAUUGGUUCAAGAUAUCAGGGUUUUGAUGCUAGAAAUCAAAGGUCACAACAACAAACUAGAUAUGGUGAAAAUGAGAGCCAAAGCGUAGAUACAUACUCUUCCCCAUCUCUGAAUGAUACAAGACCUGAAAUGGAGCUACCACCGCCUCCACCUCCGGGGUUAAAUGAUCCGAUUUCUAUAUCUUAUCCACCAGGAGGAUUGGCUCCACCAGGAUUGGACAAUCAAGCAGACUUAUUAAAGCCCAUGCUUGAAGAAACGCUUCCUGAUGUGCCUUCCGAAGUUACAGCACCCUCUAAGACCAAAACCAACCCUGCUCCAGGAUCAUCAUCGUCAUCUAAUUUUAAUUUACCGCCUGGACUGUCGACGUCAAACGAAGAAUUCAAUAAUUAUCCCGCCGCUCCGCCAGGUUUAUAG